GCCGUUUUGGAGGGCGGUCGGGGCUUAUAAAAAAGGGAGGAGCUUGUCAUUUCCUCUUGUUUUUUCCUUCUUCCGUUUCUUCUUGUUUUCCAUAUCACGCCUUGUUGGGAUUUCGUGCCUUGUCUUUAGCCGUCCAUCGCUACCCAGCUCUUGCACACGCUCAAAGCACAGCUUUGCCUGAAAAGCCUCAGUUGACACGUCGCGCGUCAAAGAGGUUCCAUCCAAUCCCCCCGUAUUAGAGACUCGCGAAAGAAUCAAGAACGAUGGCUUCUCGCCCAAUCCCGACGCCUGCAGUAUCUAAAACUCGCUUCCCUUUAAAGGCCUCUCCAAGCGCAUCUCCCUUGGCCCUGUCUUUCCUCCCCCCAACUCGUCCCUCAUCCCACCCUCUGAUUCUCCUCAACCCGUACACAUCCCGGAAAAAUAUCACCGCUAUCAUCGAUGAAGCUCAACUGUCACCCCCUUCCGACGAUGUACAUGUGCCCAUGACGAAAAUUGAGCCGUUUGUGCAUACACGACAGGUUGGAGGCGUUUUUGUACGAGGAAUUGACGCUGGGGAACUCGGGUUGGCGCCAUUGGGUGAGGCCGACACGUGCUAUGGUCGAGUUCAGAGAUACUCGUCCGUUGUCGCCAUUGUUUUUGGUCGUCAGGCUGUUAUUGAGAAUGUCUAUGAACUUCCUGCUGCCUUCAAGAACACUCAGUACGCAGAAGGCGUCAUUGGAAUGGAUACCCUUUGGUCCCUCGGUUUGAACGUUGCCGUCGACCGUGGAAUGGUAUAUCUCCAGGAUCCCGAGCUGAGCCAAUACGUUGACCAUGGCAAGUCUGCCUAAGUUAUGCUGCCGCGCUUCUGCCACUGCAUCAAAUCCUCCUUUUUGUAUACGUUUAUACCCGCCUUUUUUUGUGUACAUGCUGUUGUUCUUGUCCCCGUUAUCUUUCAGCGGAGAAAGUGUUAUUGUACACCCAGACUAUGCAUCUGUACAAAAGUAGUAGAAAGCAAAACCCGAGGACGUUGUCUCGUGUUAAAUGAAUCCUGCAGCAAUAAUACAUUUUUCUCUUUUUAUUUUGGUGCA